UUUUACCUAAUGCAACGAGGAAAACCAAGCACAUGCGUUGCUGUAUUUGCAGACUAGAAAAAAAAAAGACAAGAAUGCCUUGUAUUGAUGCUUUCCGAUUACCAUUACAGAGAAAUCUGCAGAAAGAAAUCUACCGGACAAGGAGGCAUCACCUGGAAAUUUUAUUGGGAGAUCCAUCAAUUUUUAGGUACGCUCCCUGUCAAUGACAGGAGCUUAACGGAAGAGAUUGGCUGCGGGCCUGGAGAGACUGUGGAUCAGAUUGUGCACAGCAUGGUGCAUGGCACGUCUGAAGAAGAAGCAGUUUGCGGUGAGCCUGAUUUGCCCAGCCCGGCCCGGUCACCACCCCAGCCCAGCCGUCCCCCCAGCCCUGUCACUGCUGAUGGCGCUGACCGCAUUACAUCAACACCAAGUGUCCCCACCACACCUGCAGAAAACACCAGGGCAACGGCCCCACUGCAGCCUACUAAGCGCACAAAAAGUGACAGCAGGCGAAAUCACAAGGACACCCUGCUGGCACAGCUCGUAGAGGAGCAGAAGCUUAUGCGACAGUUUCUGGAAAGCUCAAAAAAACAAGAGCAGGAAGCUCGUGAACGCCUUGCCAAGUUUCAAGAGAAGGCAGGCGAAAGAGAGGAUCGUUUGAUUGGCAUUCUUGAAAAGAUAGCAAAUCAAUAAAAGUGCUGUUCCAAAAAUAUGUGAAGCAUUUCUUAGCAAUCUAAACACUCUUGGCCGUUUCUAACUAUCCAGCAGCCCAAACCUGUGCGUUCACAUCCUUAUAUACCAAAAUUGGCACAGGAAGAUAUUAGUGUAUGACAAAUAUGACUGACGGGCGCCAACACAAAUAACUGACACGCAUGUUGCGUACAUCAUGAAACCCUUUCGCAUACCACAGUCCACAGCAUGCGGGUAUGUGCCACAGGUGAAUCAUGUUCUGUAUCAACUAAGGACAGCAAAAAUUGGCAUGGAAGCAUUGAGACUGUUUGGAAUAAAUAAAAGAAAGAUACACUUUUUAAAUAGUCUGCGAUUUUAAUGUGACAGCCAAAUGCUGGGAAACAUGCAUCAACAACCCUUAGCCAAUACAGAAUAUGAAUAAAUGUAUUACAUCAACAGUUGCCUGACAUCACUUGUGGUGGUAGUGCAUCAUCAUCAUCAUCAGCCUGUGUACGCCCACUGCAGGGCAAAGGCCUCUCUCAUGUUCCGCCAAUCAACCCGGUCCUGUGCUUUCUGCUGCCAUGUUAUACCUACAAACUUCUUAAUCUCAUCUACCCACCUAAUUUUCUGUCUCCCCCUCACGAGUUUGCCAUCUCUUGGAAUCCAGUCAGUUACCCUUAAUGACCACCGGUUAUCCUGCCGACGUGCUACGUGCCCGGCCCAUAUCCAUUUCUUCUUGAUUUCAACUAUGAUGUCCUUAACCCCCGUUUGUUCCCUGACCCACUCUGC